ACAACAGUACAACUUUGCGCUUGCAUUGGCAGGUCCAGAAGCUGGUCACAGCAGCCGAGCUGAGCCAUGGCGUUCCUUGGUAGGUACAGGGCGAACGUUUUGCUGCUCCUAACGUGCGCUAGUUGCAUUUUGAUGUCGGCGGCAGCCGACUACGCCAAGUACAAGGACCCGAAGCAGCCGCUCAACCGGCGGAUCAGCGACCUGCUGGCGCGGAUGACCGUCGCCGAGAAGAUCGGCCAAAUGUCGCAGAUCGAGCGGGAGAACGCCACCGCCGACGUCGUCCAGGAGUUCUUUAUAGGAAGCGUCCUGAGCGGCGGGGGCAGCGUCCCGGCGACGAACGCGACGCCGGAGGCGUGGGUGAGGAUGGUGAACGAGAUGCAGAGGGGCGCGCUCUCCACGCGCCUCGGCAUCCCCAUGCUCUACGGCAUCGACGCCGUCCACGGCCACGGCAACGUCUACAGGGCCACCAUCUUCCCGCACAACGUCGGCCUCGGCUGCACCAGGGACCCGGAGCUAGCGAAGAAGAUCGGGGCAGCGGUGGCGCGGGAGGUCAGAGCUACGGGGAUACCGUACGUGUUCGCUCCGUGCGUGGCGGUGUGCAGGGACCCCAGGUGGGGCCGGUGCUACGAGAGCUUCAGCGAGGACCCUAAGCUGGUGCAGCAGAUGGCCUCCGUCAUCUCUGGCCUCCAGGGCGAGAUUCCGGCCGGCGGCCGCCGCGGCGCGCCCUACGUCGCCGCCGGGCAGCGCAACGUCGCGGCGUGCUCCAAGCACUAUGUCGGCGACGGCGGCACGGCCGGCGGCGCCAACGAGGGCGACACGGCGGCCACUUUCCACGACCUGCUCAGUGUCCACAUGCCGCCCUACUACAGCGCCGUCGCCCAGGGUGUCUCCACCGUCAUGGUCUCCUUCUCCAGCUGGAACGGCGCCAAGAUGCACGCCAACCGUUUCCUCAUCACCGACUUCCUCAAAACCACGCUCAGAUUCAGGGGUUUUGUGAUUUCGGAUUGGGGAGGGAUUGAAAGGAUAACGACACCUAAAGGUGCUGACUACAUGCUGUCAGUCAAGCUGGCGAUCAUGGCCGGCAUCGACAUGAUCAUGAUCCCGUACACAUACACGGAGUUCAUCGACGACCUCACCACCUUGGUGCAGAACGGAACCAUUCCGAUGAGCAGGAUCGACGACGCUGUCCGGCGGAUCCUCCGUGUCAAGUUCACCAUGGGUCUCUUCGAGAACCCCUACGCCGACUUCAGCCUCGCCGGCGAGCUUGGCAAACAGGAGCACCGCGACCUGGCGCGGGAGGCCGUGAGGAAGUCCCUCGUCCUGCUCAAGAACGGCAAGGCCGGCGAGAAGCCGCUGCUGCCGCUGCCCAAGAAUGCGGGGAGCAUCCUGGUCGCCGGCAGCCACGCCCACGACCUCGGCAACCAGUGCGGUGGAUGGACCAUCACCUGGCAAGGCGUCGCCGGCAACAACCUCACCACCGGGACUACGAUCCUCGAUGGCAUCAAGCACGCCGUGGGGCACGGCACGGACGUGGUCUACUCCGAGAACCCCGACGACGGUUUCAUGCAGCAGAACAAGGACCGCUUCGACUACGCCGUUGUCGUCGUCGGCGAGCCGCCCUACGCCGAGUCCUUCGGCGAUAACCUGAACCUGACCGUGCCGGCGCCGGGCCCCAGCGUGAUCCGGGACGUGUGCGGCAGCGUCCGGUGCGCCCUGGUGCUGAUCUCCGGCAGGCCGCUUGUUGUCGAGCCGUACAUGGACGCGAUCGACGCGCUUGUUGCGGCGUGGCUGCCGGGGACGGAGGGGCAGGGCGUGAGCGACGUGCUGUUUGGCGACUACGGGUUCACUGGGAAGAUGGCGCGGACGUGGUUCCGCUCGGUGGAGCAGCUGCCGAUGAACGUCGGCGACGCGCGGUACGAUCCCCUGUUCCCCUUCGGGUUCGGGCUCCAGACACGCGCGGCCGCUGAAAUGGAAGCUCUGGACUAGUAGGGCCCCGGCUAGCCCAGCUAAAAGUUUGGCAUGACCAAAAUUUUGGCAAGAUAUAUUCUUUGGAUUGCAGCCAAUGUACUUGCCAAAAUUUUGGCAAAAUUCCUAAGAUUUCACUUGGUUUGCCACCAAUAGAGUCGCCAAAUACUGGUACGAGUAACUUGGAUUGACUAAUGUUUGAUUUGAUUUUAAUCUGGCUGUACCUUGAGCCA